AUGUACAUCACACCAAACUCCAAAUAUUCAAUAUUCUCAAUAGUAUCCAUAUUCAGCUUGUCAUUCUUCCUCCAAGGAGCUCAUGGAUACGACGAAGGUUGGCAAGGUGGUCACGCCACGUUCUACGGUGGCGGCGACGCUUCCGGCACCAUGGGCGGAGCUUGUGGCUACGGAAAUUUGUACAGCCAAGGCUACGGGACGAACACGGCGGCUCUAAGCACGGCUCUAUUCAACAACGGACUCACGUGCGGCGCGUGCUACGAGAUGAAAUGUAACGACGACCCGAGAUGGUGUGUCGGGUCCACUAUCACCGUCACGGCCACUAACUUUUGCCCACCAAACCCUGGCCUCUCCAACGACAAUGGUGGUUGGUGCAACCCUCCUCUCCAGCAUUUCGACCUCGCCGAGCCAGCUUUUCUCCAGAUCGCUCAGUAUCGUGCCGGCAUUGUCCCUGUCUCUUUUCGAAGAGUGCCUUGUUUGAAGAAAGGAGGGAUAAGAUUUACGAUCAACGGACAUUCGUACUUCAACCUUGUCCUGAUCUCUAACGUAGGAGGAGCAGGAGACGUUCACUCUGUCUCGAUCAAAGGCUCAAAGACACAGUCGUGGCAAGCAAUGUCUAGGAACUGGGGGCAGAACUGGCAGAGCAAUUCUUACAUGAACGACCAGAGCCUCUCGUUCCAGGUCACUACCAGCGAUGGUCGCACCGUCGUUAGCAAUGACGUGGCUCCUUCUAAUUGGCAGUUCGGUCAAACCUUCCAAGGCGGUCAAUUCUGA